GCUGUCGCUCUCCGCCAUGACUCAGUCCUGUAUCCGACUCUCCAACCAUGUCACUGCCACCCAUCCUCGCAAGUUCCGUCGUUCAACCACUGGGUGCAGGAACUUCCUCUCUCCUUCCGUUGCUGUUCCUAAAGAGUUGAGCAGGAAGAACGACGCUCCACACACGCCUCCUCCUCCUCCCCCUACUCCACGACCGCCGAAAGCUCCUGCGGAGCACCCGACUCCCAUUUCUACUGUCGCCCCUUUUAACCCGGUGCAGAUAGUUGUCGCUCGUACCAUCGACGCCAUAGAAAGCGGCAUCAUUGUCGAGCUGGAAAAGAGACGGCCUCUCCCUCGGUCCGCAGACCCCGCGGUGCAGAUCUCCGGGAACUUCGCACCAGUUCCCGAGUCGCUGCCCGAGUAUGGCAUCGAAGUGGUUGGCCGUAUCCCGCCGGAUCUUCAUGGCGUGUAUCUACGAAACGGUGCCAACCCGAUGUUCACGCCGACCGGCGGGCAUCACCUCUUUGAUGGAGACGGCAUGAUUCACGCGGUCACGCUCUCGGGUCCGACGGAGGCAUCUUACGCCUGCCGGUUCACCCGCACGAGCCGCCUGUCGCAGGAGGCAGCCAUCGGCCGGGCUGUCUUCCCCAAGGCCAUUGGGGAGCUCCACGGGCACACGGGGAUUGCUCGGCUCGCUUUCUUCGGCCUCCGAGCUGCUGCCGGAAUUGUCGAUCUCACAAAGGGAAGCGGCGUGGCUAAUGCUGGGCUCACGUACUUCGGCGGCCGCCUUUUGGCCAUGUCAGAGAACGACCUCCCGUACCACGUACGUCUCACCCCGGAUGGCGACCUCGAGACAGCCGGACGGUUCGACUUCUCCGGCCAGCUCAACUCAACGAUGAUCGCACACCCAAAGAUCGACCCCUUGACAGGGGAACUGUUUGCACUGAGCUACGACGUCGCCCGCAAACCUUACUUGAAGUACUUUCACGUCGACUCCAAAUCCGGUAAGAAGUCUGCCGACGUGGCCAUCAACCUCAAGCAACCAACGAUGAUCCAUGACUUUGCGAUCACUGAGAAUUACGCCAUAAUUCCCGACCAACAAGUCGUGUUCGAUCUAAAGCAGAUGCUGCAUGGCCGCUCGCCAGUCCAGUGCGACGGCCGGAAGACACCGAGGUUCGGUGUGCUCCCCAGGUACGACGAUGACGUGUCAAGGAUCCAAUGGAUCGACGUGCCCGGCUGUUUCUGCUUCCAUCUGUGGAACGCGUGGGAGGAACCUUCUUGCGGCGGCGAUGGACGAACUGUGGUGAUCAUCGGGUCGUGCAUGUCGCCGCCGGACGCGAUAUUCUCGGACGAGGACGACUCGCGGCCGACGCGCAGCGUACUAUCGGAGAUCCGGCUGGACCUGGGGACCGGACAAUCGAGCCGGAGGGAGAUCGCGAACGGAAUGAACCUGGAGGCGGGUCAAGUGAACCGUGACCGACUCGGGAGGAGGACCCGGUUCGCGUACCUUGCGAUGGCGGAGCCAUGGCCCAGGUGCAGCGGGGUGGCGAAGGUGGACCUGGAGACGGGAGAAGUGAGGCGGUUCGAGUACGGACAUGGCCGGUUCGGGGGAGAGCCGACGUUCAUCCCCGCCCGGCGCGGGUCAGAGGAGGACGACGGCCACGUGGUGGGGUUCGUCCGCGACGAGCGGAGGGGCGAGUCGGAGCUGGUGAUCGUGAACGGGUCGACAAUGGAGCUGGAGGCGACGGUGAGGAUGCCGUCGAGGGUGCCGUAUGGGUUCCAUGGCACGUUUGUGAGGGCGGAUGAGCUGCGCGGGCAAAAGUAGGGUCGGGUUCGCCGGCUCAAUCAACAAGACGGUCCACGAAAACC